CAUAAAGUCAGUUAUUACAAAUUAAACAUUUCAACAUUAAAAGUUUAAAAUAUGAAGUUUUUCGCAGCAAUUCUAAUCUUCUCAACUAUUUGCCUAGGAAUUGAGGCCGAACAGCCUGAUCAAAAAUUUGUAGGGUUUUUCAUGAAACUCGCUGAAACAUGUCAGAAAAAAAUUGGACCACCCGAGGGAGAUGUUAAAAAACUCUUUGAUGGCGCAUUCGAUAAGGGUGGUGCCAGUCAAGAUGUUCAAUGUUAUAUUAAAUGCUUGAUGGAAGAGUUCGAAACUACUGAUGAUGAUACCCAAAAGGACCUCAAAUCAAAUAUGAAUGAAGAAGCAGCAAAUGAAUGCAAUCUUGGAAAAAAGGUAGACGAUUGUGAGCAAGCUUAUAAGACUUUCAUGUGUGUUAAAGAGAAUGCUGACAAAAUAUUUAAGAAAGAAUAAGGAGCAUGUUUAUACGAAAUCAUGUUGUUAAUCUUCAAUUAGUUCUCAUUCACUGAAGAGCAAAA